AUGGCAGUCAGAUAUCCCAUUGCCUGUUGGACUGUGGCUCUCAGAAGUGUGUGUGUGUGUGUGUGUUUUGUUUUUUUUUUUCAGGUGCUGGUUGUGGGAAAUCCUGCCAACACCAACUGUCUGAUUGCAGCCAAGUCUGCUCCCUCCAUCCCCAAAGAGAACUUCUCCUGCCUCACCCGUCUGGACCACAACAGGGCUCGCUCUCAGGUGGCGAUGCGCUGUGGCGUUCCUGCCACCCACGUGAGGAAUGUGAUCAUCUGGGGCAACCACUCGUCCACCCAGUACCCAGACGUGCAUCACUGCUUGGUCAACAUGUCUGGCGGCGAGCUCGCCUGCUUUGAUGCAGUCAAGGAUGAUGCCUGGCUGAAAGGAGACUUCAUCACCACGGUGCAGCAGAGAGGCGCUGCAGUCAUCAAGGCCAGGAAGCUGUCCAGCGCCAUGUCUGCCGCCAAGGCCAUCUGUGACCACAUGAGAGACAUCUGGACCGGCACCCCCGAGGGUGAGUUCAUCUCCAUGGGUGUUUACUCCUCUGGUAACUCCUAUGGAGUCCCAGAAGACCUCAUCUACUCAUUCCCUGUCCAGAUCAAGGACAAGACCUGGAAGAUUGUGCAGGGUCUGGCCAUCAACGACUUCUCCAAGUCCAAGAUGGAAGCCACAGCAGCAGAGCUGAUACAGGAGAGGGACACAGCCGUGUCUUUCCUGGGAGUAUGACUAGACCCCGCAGGGCCACCCGACCUGCACUUAGACAGCUCCAAAACUCCAGACGCACGCCUGUGAUAAAGCACUCCACCAAUCCCGGCAUUACUGUGUGUGUGUGAGAGAGAGUCAGUGUUUAUGAGUGUAAAGUUGGAUUUAUACUUGUGCGUUGGGAGUCUGCAUUAAGGUGUCUUUUAAAAAAUUUACAGCACCUUCUGGGAUAUCAAAUGGAGACGGUGAUUGGGUAGCGACGGCUGCUUGUGGUUUUGUUCACAUACCGACGCAGACUUGUUUACUCAAGCUAUAAAUAAUUGCACAGCAUCAGUCUCCCUUUCAGUAGACACACGAGUGACGCACAAGUAGAACUCCACCUUAAGUAUACAUUAUUUACUAAAAGUCCAACACAGUCGUUACCAGCAUUUUUUCCAAUACUUUUUCUCUGGCGGUCAGUGAAACAUGGAUGCUUGUUACAUAAAGUCAAAGAUGCACUAAGUCCUCAAACACUGGAAUGGAUGGAUUACAUUUAAGAUAAACAAUAAAAAAUGAAACCUUA